CUUCUGUGUGUGUGUGAUCGUCUUAUCCUGGGGUCCCAAGGCUUUGCACUGGCUGAACUGCAGCCAUGGAGGUGGCCCUGGUAGACUUUGGGAGCCUGGAAGAUCUUGACAGCUGCCUUGAGGAUGAGGUGGACACCUACGCUGAUGAGACUACAGCUCUCACGGUGGACAUGCCCCCAGAACACAGCAGCCCAAGCAGCAACUACCUUGUGCGAACCUCUCAGCAUUCCUCUACGCCCAUGUGGGAAUCUACGUCAUCUUCGCCCAUUCUGCACACGCAGACACUAGAAGUACCCCAGUCCCCAACCAUGCCAAGUCCAAGCAAACAAGGACGCAGUAGUUGCGCCAGCAUGAUCUCCAAUUGGAAACUGCUGCUAAACAGUGAGGGCACUAAGGAGAGUGAGAAGAUCUUCACCCGGCUUGCUAAGGAGUGCUGCGAGGAUCUGUUUGUAGAUAAACGAGGGCUGGAUGAUGGGGACCAGAAAGUCAUCAUCAACAUCGCCGGUCUACGUUUUGAGACACAGCUCAAAACUUUGGACCAGUUUCCUGAGACGCUGCUAGGAGAUCCCUUGAAGAGGAUGGACUACUUUGAUCCCAUGAGGAACGAAUACUUCUUUGAUCGGAACCGACCCAGCUUUGACGGCAUCUUGUACUACUAUCAAUCAGGUGGUAAGAUCAGACGCCCAGCUAACGUUCCCCUGGAUGUGUUUGCAGAUGAAAUUCUGUUCUAUGAGCUUGGAAGCGAAGCCAUGGAGCAGUUCAGAGAAGAUGAAGGAUUCAUCAAGGAUGUUGACAUCCCUCUACCUACUAAUGACGUGUACAGGCAAUUCUGGCUGCUGUUUGAGUACCCGGAGAGCUCAAACGCUGCCCGAGGUGUAGCACUGGUGUCUGUUUUUGUCAUUGUCAUAUCCAUCAUUAUUUUCUGCAUGGAAACGCUGCCAGAAUUCAGAGAUGAUCACGACCCAAUUGUGCCCACAGCGGUACAGCCUUUCAACCAAUCUACAUUUUACAGUUCUGUAGCUCCACCUGGUGCAAAGCCCACAACUUUCUCUGAUCCCUUCUUCAUCAUCGAGACUGCCUGCAUUGCUUGGUUCUUCUUUGAGCUGUGUGUGAGAUUUUUGGUCUGUCCUAGCAAAAGAGAAUUUUUCCACAAUCUCAUGAACAUCAUUGACAUUAUAUCCAUCAUCCCUUAUUUUGUUACCGUAGUUACAGAAUUGGUCACAACGCCACAGGAGAGCUCAGGACAGAACAUGUCUUUGGCCAUUCUGCGUAUCAUCCGUCUGGUCAGGGUGUUUCGUAUAUUCAAACUCUCGCGUCACUCCAAGGGGCUGCAGAUCCUGGGACAGACACUGAAGGCCAGCAUGCGUGAGCUUGGCUUGCUCAUCUUCUUCCUCUUCAUCGGAGUCAUCCUCUUCUCCAGUGCUAUCUACUUUGCUGAGGUAGACGAGCCUAACACACAGUUUGUGAGCAUACCUGAUGGCUUCUGGUGGGCUGUGGUUACCAUGACCACUGUAGGCUACGGGGACAUGUGUCCCAUUACUAUGGGGGGUAAAAUGGUUGGCACCUUGUGUGCCAUCGCUGGUGUGCUGACCAUUGCUUUGCCCGUCCCUGUCAUUGUUUCCAACUUCAACUACUUCUAUCACAGAGAGACAGAAGCAGAGGACAAGUUGCCUUUGGCAGAUGCUGUUGAGCAAGCCAUGAAUGCUGAGACAGACACCAAAGACGGUAGCAACCUCUCGCUCAAUAAAGCCAAUGGCAUCUGGCAGACUGACAAAGGGACUGACUAACUGACUGACUAGACUGACUAACUGUAUAAGGACACAAUUUAGAAGGAGAGACAUUGCCACAAAGUAGGAAAGAAAUAUACAAAAGAAGAGAAUAUGGAGGGAAUCUAUUAUCUAAAUCUAUUGUGAUUUCCCUCAAAAUAAUGGUCAAAUGUCAGUGUGAGAUCAGUGAGAUAAAAUAUUUGUAUGUGUUUUUUAAGGAUAUACAGGAUGUACUGUACUUACCUCGUUUGUGUCUAUAUGAAAUUGACACUGAAAAUAACAGACAAGCUGAAGAAUCCUCCUAUGUUCAUGUCAACAUAUUUCAAGUUUAGGACUCUUCUUCUAGUUGCAUAGAGAUAUAAAACAUCUUUCAUGGACAUAUUUCAGCAGUAAGUAUGUUUAAAGGAUUUAUUUUAUAAUUUUGGUCUUAUUCCCAUUGUCUUGGCCAUUAAUCCUUUUGCUGAAAAGAUUUUGCACGCCAGCUGCACUGUUAAUAUUUGUGGCCACAAUGACUCUUAACACAGCUUUAAAACAGUGUCUUCUGGGGCCAUGAAACAUAGGUCUUAGACAGCUUUAAACCAGACAAAUGUGAUAAAAAGCUAUAGGGACAUGUUAAUUAUCUCAACCCAAAAUAUUCAUAUGAUUAUGACUGUUAACUGUAUUGCAGAGCUACUUCUUGGUAGAGCUUAUAGGAAUGAUCUUUCUGCUGCUGGAAUAGCUCACACAUUCAUAGGUUAAGGAAUUGUGUUACACAUUAACAGACAUUUAUGUUGGAGAAAGUGGUUACUGCCUUUUUUCAUCAUCAAAAUAUAUGUUCUGAAGUCAUGAAAAAACAACAGAAAAACACAAAAAAGUGUCUUGAAUGAGUAACUUGUGUAUAGUUUUCCUAUAUUAUAGCCCUGCUGUAUUUAUUAAUUUAAAACUGUAUCAAUUUUGUAUGUAAUCAUCCUCUUUGAUGAGUAGCGGGGAUAAAAAAUCCUCCACUAUUAUUAGCAGUCGAUCUGACUCCACACUAUGUAGUAUAAUGGAGUGCCUUAAAUUAUAUAAUGUUGAAAUACUGUUGACUUCGCCAUACAUAAUCUUGUUGUAAUACCUAUGUCUAUCAUGCAUAUAUGUUCAGUAUUUUUUUAUUUCUGCUUGGUUGAAAAUGUAGACAUUGUAACCUCUCUUCUAACAUUUGUUUGUGAGAGUUAUUUUCCAAAAUGCUGUCAAACAAAGAAAUGCAUUCAGAGUAUAGUGGCUCCCAUCUGUUUAUGAAGUAGAUAAAGUGGCAAAAAAAAGUAUGCGAACCCUUUUAGAUUACGUUCUGCAUAAAUUUGUCAUGGAAUUUGAUCUGAUCUGCAUCUAAGUCCUAAGUAUAGAACAACACAAUGUGCUUAACCUCAUACCACACAAACAAUUAUAAUAUUUCAUAUCUUUAUCAAACACAUCCAUGAAGCAUUCAUCGUGCCGGUGGAAAAAGUAAGUGAACCCUUAUGCUAAUGACUCCAUCGAGAUCAACGAUUUAUGACAAAUAAAUGCAGAAAUUUAGAUAAUUUCAAAGAGUUUACACACGUUUUCUCGCCACUGUAAUAACCUUUUAACCACUUAACCACUUAAAAACCUACCCCACCUGCCAGGGUAGGGUUCAGGUUCGGGUUAGAGGUAGGGUUUCAGGUUGGUUAAGGAAUGAAAAGAAUUUAGAGCAGAAGAACUGUAAAGUCAAAAUGCAUGUAUGGGGCUUCAUUUGAAACGUAACAUCUGAAAACCUGAAAAUGUGCUUGUUUAUCCUGACUAAAACACAACCUAAACUACUAUCAGUUCAAACUUACAAAAACUUAUUUUUAGUCAAACCCUAACCCCAGUACCCACCAAUGGGCAAAUGGGUUUUAAGAGGAUAAACAUCAUACUGUUUGUCAACUGGUGGAUAUCUUAUUGAAAAAGCAGAUCUUUUAAAAACAUAACCUAUCCUCUUACAUUUUUGCGUAUGAUAU